UGCAGUUGAAGUCUAGCAUUUUAAUUCUCAUAUCGAAACCAAUGUCAAUGUGUUCGAUACGUGUUCCGAACGUUGUAAUGCGACAUUCUGGGUAGUUGAAGUGCCACAUGUUGGCGCUGCGUGGUGGUAUACGUGCUGGCUGGCCAUUGUCGAAAAUGGCGCCGACCAAGUUCCCGCUCCCGGCCAACUUCUUUCGAUGCCCGAUGCUGACUCCGGCCGAGAAAGCAGAGUACCUGCAUACGGCGAGUGAGAACGCCAUCGACUUGGUACAUCCACCAUGCACGUCCAGGACAUUUGUCAUCUCUGCGUAGGUCGCGCACUGCAUCAUGGACGCCACAGGGCCGCUGCAAUGGACCCUCGAGUCCGCAUCGACCGACAUCAACAUCUACAUAUCCAACGACCCAACCCUUCCGUCCCACGUGUUGUGCUACGCGGGGGUGGUCGAGGUCAAAGCGUCCGUGGACGAAGUCGCGGCGCUGUUCCAAACGCACACCACCGACCUGUACAAGGAAUUCCGGCGGCGAUUCGCGUCAGAUCUGCUGGAUGGGCACAACCUGUACACCCUCGCCCGGCCCACGGAAACGCAUCCUUUGAAAGCGGUCAACAUCAAGUGGACGGUCAAUGAAAUGCCAGGUGGCGGUCUACUUAGCAACCGUGACUGGUGCUUUCUCGAAAGUAUGUACGAGUUUGACCAAAAUGGCCGGCGUGGAUGGGUGCGCGCAGUGUACUCGACCGAGCUGCGCUGCUGCCCGGACCUCCAAGCCAGUCUCGGGGUUGUCCGCGGCACUUUCUUCCGCUCGGGGCACGUCUUCGUCGAGUCCGAUCGGCCUGGCUACCUCCGCGGCACGCUCCUCUUCCAAGCGAACAUGAAUGGCGGGUUCCAGAAAGGUUUGAUUCCUUCGUGGGUGGUCAAGGCAGGCGUCCGCCGCCGCAUUCGAGGCAUCAGCGACAUCCACACGUUCCUAAGAGAGAGCCGGCUGAGCCAGGGCCCGCUCGUCGGCGCGUGGGACUUCGUGGACAAGGCCACCCGCCAGCGGUGCUACCUCUGCAGCAAAAAGUUUGGGCCGCUCCUGCGAAAAGCCUGGUGUCGCAAGUGUGGCGAGGUGGUGUGCCACAGCUGCAGCAGCAAGUGGACCCUCAGCAUGUCGGACACCCCCGUUCGCGCGUGCUCGGCAUGUGCGCUCGGCCUUGUGGCGCCGCAUACGUUCGCGAUGGACGCGGUCAAGUCGGCGCCGGCGGCCAUGGUGGCCCCCCACCUCCUCCGAAGGGACGGAUCAACCGACGCAGGUGACAAGCCCUUGCGCCAGACCAUCGGCGAUCCCACGGACCCGCACAGGGGCGUCCCGUCCACUCACAGUCAACCAACAUACCGCCAACCUCUGGCUUCGCGCAUUGAGUUCUACGAUAUUGGAUCACAACAUAAGCGAGGGAUUAGUGGAAAGAAGCAGCAUCAGCAACUCUUGCAAAGCGUCGGGUUUGAAGAUGACGCCGUGUAUUCGACCCAAGGCCCGAUCAUGUUGGCGGACGCACGGUUCCACGAACGUGAUCACACCGCCCGCGAUGAUUUCUGGAAUAGCUAAAACCUAGAUCAGUGUCAUCGUUCUUGCUUCAAGACCAGUUAAGUGAGCUGGCAACUAAGAAGGUUGCUUAGAAAAUACAUACCAUCACGUAAUGACUGUGGUUCGCAUA